GAGAGAGAGAGAGAGAGAAACGGUCCCUGUACUGAAAGACUGUAAUUAGUGACGUGCCUCCCAACAGGAGAGCAGUCAGUCGCUGAGAGAGCGGCCCGGUGGCAGAUGAUGAGGGGAUCCGCCAAAACACCGGGGCGAUGAGGAGAGGAGAGGACGGACGACAGAAAGCCUUCUGCCGCAGAGGAAACCCAGAUUAGGCUGAUUUGACAAACAUCUCUACCGGCAUCCCCGGUGCGUGCACACAGCGUCAACUAUCCUGCGACUCCCACUUUCCAACCCACCCACCCACCCACCCAACGACCACCGCUCAGGUUGUGUGGUGACUUGGUGAUGUAGGGCGGAGCUGGACGCACGGACAACCGGCUGGAUCUUGGUGUGAAUGCGCUUUUAGAUGAUCACCGUGAUCACCGAGUCGGUCUCCCCCCGUUCCCCUCUUUAGUGGAUGAGAGAACCCCAGGGAAAGGGGCGCCCCUGUGACCGGAGGAGGGUUGGAUUCUCCCCCGGCUGGUGACCUCCUGCUCCGGGGGACAAAACCUCCCAUCACCCGGCGUCACCUCUCCUCCCCCAAGUCUGAGAACGACGGCGCCCACCGAUGCGUCCGGCAGCCCCUGAUGCUCGGCAGUGCUCCGGGGCUUUCCGGUCGGUGGGAGAGGCUCGAGCCGCGGCCGCGCGCUAGGAUGCUGCGCCAGGUGUUGCACGCGGGCCUGAGGACCUCCUUCCACGCGCUGGGCCGGUUCGUGGCGAGCCACCCGGUGUUCUUCGCCUCGGCGCCUGUGCUCCUCUCCAUCCUGCUCGGGGCCAGCUUCAGUCGGUACCGCGUGGAGGAGGACGUGGAGAGCCUGCUCGCGCCCAAGCACAGCCUGGCCAAGAUAGAGGGCAACUUGGUGGACAGCCUGUUCCCAGUGAACCGCUCCAAGCACGCGCUCUACUCUGACCUGCAGACGCCGGGUCGCUACGGGCGCGUAAUCGUCACCACCCGAAAAGGGAGCGUGCUGGACCCGGUUCAUCUGGACACCAUACUGAAGCUCCACAGGCGGAUCUACCAGAUGCAGGUGACAGUCCCGGCGACAGGCUUUAACAGCUUCAACUACUCCUUCUCCUACCUCUGUCUCCCCGAUGACAAGAACGUCUGCAUCAUUGAUGACAUCAUCCGUGCCAUGGAGGAGAUCCAGUUGGCUCGCACCUCCAACCGCUCCGUCCCAGUCCUGCGGUACCCGAUCACGCAACUGGCAGAUGGGCGGCAGGCGUACAUCGGCCACCAGCUGGGCGGCGUGCAGGGCUGGGGUCCCAGUGGGGCGGUGCGUGGUCCGGGGACAGGAGCCAGGGGAGAAGGUGUACGUUCUGCCAGGGCGUUGCAGCUCACCUACUACCUCCAAGCCCGUGGUAGCCUGAUGGACCGGGUGGCCAGCCAAUGGGAAAAGGCCUUUUGUGCUGAGUUACAACACUUUGCAGCGUUGCACCCUAAGCUGGGGCUGUACCCCUCCGCGUCCUCUUCUUUGAGGACGGACUUCCAGUUCUCGUCAGUUCUGGCACGCCGCCCACUGUUGGCCAGCUUGGGGCUGUGUGGUGUGCUGGCUGUCCUCUGCUGCUCUAUGAGGGACUGUGUGAGGUCUAAGCCAUGGUUGGGACUGCUGGCUUUGCUGUCAAUCACACUGUCGGGUCUCACUGCUGCUGGGAUCCUCAACCUGACCGGAGCCACCUACAACUCCACAUACCUGGGCAUCCCUUUCGUCAUGCUUGGUCACGGGCUCUUCGGCUCGUUUGAGAUGCUGUCGUCAUGGAGGCGAACACGGGAGGACCAGCACGUGAAGGAGCGAGUGGCGAGCGUUUUUGAGGACGUCAUGCUGAGAUUCUCCGGUUCCACCAUGCUCCACCUGAUGACCCUGGGCCUGGCCGCCUCGCCGCUCACAAACAUGGAGGCUGUCCGACUCUUCUGUCGCACCGCCGCUUUGGCGGUCACCAUCAGCUAUGUUUACAUGCUGUCCUUCUACAGUUCCUGUCUGGUGUUCACCGGAUACUUAGAGACUGGAUACAGACACGGCUGCUUUUGCCGGCGAGUUCCCAAACCGGACCGGCUGGACUCUAAACCGGCCUGGUACAGGUGUCUCAUGUACACUCGUUACCAGGACGAGACACAAACAACCAACACGUCGCACGCGGUUGGUCACAGUCACGCUCACACGCCGAACCCUAGCCUAACUCACACGCAUACGCACACGCACCCACAUACAGCAAACAACCCUGCAGCGCAUGCGCACGCACAUGUGGCUAACUCCACGCACUCACAUCCACACCCUCUUCCGCAUCCGACGCCUACCACGGACCCUCAUCCUCAGGACUCUCACCUGCUGCUGGGGUGUGUGAGACGUUGCUAUGGAGACUGGAUCACUAACACCUAUGUCAAACCCUUUGUGGUUCUGCUGUAUCUGGUUUACAUCUCCUUUGGAUUGAUGGGAUUCCUGCAGGUGACCCAGGGUUCUGACCCCAGUGCACUGGUUGCCAUGGAUACAGCGACAGUAUUAUACACCCGUGCCCAGCAGCGUUACUUCAGCUCAUACUCUCCUGUCAUUGGAUUCUACAUCUAUGAAAGUGCCCCCUACUGGAAUGCCUCAGUACAGCGGGACCUGCUGGAAUACGCCAAAGGCUUCCAGCGAAUCAGCUGGCUGGAAGCCUACCUGAACUACCUAUCAGAACACAACCAGUCCACCAGCCAGCCGCGGGAAAACUUCACCCGCACGCUCCGUCACUCCUUCCUCCGCGAGCCGCAGUUUGCCCACUUCGCGGAUGACAUCAUAUUUGCAGAACGUGGCCAGGGUGAGGAGCCCGACGUGGCGGCGUCCCGCAUCUUCCUGGUCGCCAAGACGACAGAGAACAAGCGUGAGGAGAUGUCAGUGCUGCUGGACACGCUGCGACGCCUGUCGCUGACUUCACGAGUCCGCUUCUUAAUCUUCAACCCCUCUUUUGUCUACCUGGACCGCUACGCUGCAGCGGUCAGCUCCCCGCUCAGACACUCACUGCUGGCGGUGCUCUUCCUGUUGGGUCUGUCCUCUCUGGCCGUCGUGGAGCCGCUGGUCUCUGUGUGGCUGGGCCUCACCCUGCUGUCUGUCCAGUUCGGGGUGCUGGGUUUCAUGACUUUAUGGGGCGUGGAGCUGGACUGCAUGUCUGUUUUAUGUCUUAUCUCGGCCCUGGGACACUCCGCGGACUGCAGCGGCCCCCUCCUCUGCGGCUUCGCGUCAGGCCGGGGUGAAAGCAGGACUCGCUGGGUGAGAGUGGCGCUGGAGAGACACGGGGUGCCCUCUCUACAGACGCUCAUCUGCUACAGCGCCGCUCUGGUGCCUGUGGGCUCUGUACGCUCCAACCUCACACGCACACUCUUUCGCUGCCUCACCCUCACGGCCGGCUGCUCGGCCCUGCACACGCUGGCGUUCCUGCCCACCCUCCUCACCUUCCUGCCCCCCUCGAAGAGCCGGGGCCAUCGGCCUGGAGGAGAGGGGCAGAGGCAGGAGGUGGAGUGCGUGGAGAUGAAUGACAGCACUCGGGUGGUUGACCAGAUCACUACUGUCUGAGUAUGGGGUGAUGUUGUUUGUUCGGCCCUUUGGUUACCAUGGUGACCACCGGCUAGGAAUUGGCUCAUUGUAGUCUGAGCAGCCACUGUGCAUGCUGCAGACAAGGAUGCUGAUACUUGCGAAGAGAGGGGAAAAAAAGAGAGUGUAACAGAGAGAAGAAUAGCAAGAAAAAUAGAGGGGGAAGGUCAAGAGAAAACAUUUAAACAAGUAAACAUAGAGUGGGAAGCUAGUAAAGACAAGGAGAAAGAAAGAUGGAUAUCCAGUGUAGUGUAUCCAUGGUUACCUGCUUGUUGCUAGUGCUGUGUGGCAUGUGAAUGAGCUCUUUACCAAACAGCCAACUAGGAGUGGAGGAUCAGCUGAGGUCAGGCCUGACUGUGACGUUAUUAGAGAGGAGCGCCACACUUUUCACAUCUCCAAAAUUUGCUUUAGAUCUGAUCACAUUGUUUGGCUACUGCUAUCUGUUUGCCAUAUCAAGUUGCACAACUACAGCUACAAUGACAUGAGGCAAUCAUCUGUAUGACUCAAGUAUUUCUACUUUAAUGCUGGACAAAUAAAGUC